UGGGGCUGUCCCCAGGGAAUUCUGCCUCUGGCCUGGAGCCUGCCCUCCCCACGUGCUCCCUGCAGGACAGCAGCCACAUUCCUCCCUCGUUCCCAGGGUUUUCUCUCCCAGGGGCAUUCCCCCAGAACUGAACUAGCGUGGGCUGUUUCCCACACAAACACUGGCACAGACACAUCUCACAGGACUCUGCACACCCUUACCAAGCACCACAAUUGCCUUCAGGACUGCAAACACAGCCCCCACUUCGAUGCUGUGGUGAGCAGCAGCCAAGAGGUGACAAUCACAACAGGAACGAAUUCCAAAAAAUAAUUUCUCUGUGGCAAGAAGAGGAAAUCUGGUGAAAAAUGGGUUUUUUUUACCAACUAACAUUUUCUUUGUAUGAAAUCCUCCUCAUCUAGAACAGCUACAGAAGCUCAUGAGCUGAAGAAAGAACUGAAUCUCUGACAUUGAAAGUGCAGCCCAACAGGAGGCAAGGACCUAAUGCAGAACCUGCCCUCAUCUCCAGCCUUCAAACAGGCAAAGGUUGUCCUGAGCUGUUCAGUCUGGAACAGCACAGCUGCUGAUCCCGAGCUGCUCCUGCCUGACAGCGAGUGCCUGCUGCUCCUCCCUCCCUUCUGAGAAACUUCACACAAAGUGACUCGGAGAACUUCACACAUUUCCAGCAGCAGGGAUGACAGUGACAGCGAUUGGAAGGCACGGCACAGCAGGUGCAAGGGAUGCCUGCAGAGCCCAGCAGGGUCACCUGCCCCGUCCUGCUGCCCCCAGGCAGAGCUGCCUCGGCACCAGGAGCCUGCCCAGCACCCAGGAGUUAAUGCUGGGGGCUGAGGGCUCUCCAGGAAAUCCAGCAUGAGCCCCGGGCCCCACAGCAGGCUGGAGUCUGGGGGCUGGAUGUGGCUGUGGAUGUUCUGCUCCACCUUGGAACAGGCACUGCUGGGGACCAGAGCCCGAGCUGCUGCAAAGGCUCACUGCAGGAAAGCUGCUGGCAUGGCAAACCCUGGCUGGGUAGCACUUCACACACGUUUUCAAACUCAUUUUGGAUAAUCUGCAUCUACCAGAUAAUAAGGCUGAUACACCUAGUUCACUCAAGUUUUCCUGCAAACGAAGCCUUGACUGAGGAAUGCAAAUUUCACAUCCAAAAUAUUCCAAGGAACGUUUGUCUCCAGCACAAAGUUUUAUAUCACAGGGACAAAUGUCACUAAUUAACCCAACUGGGAAGACUUCCUCAUUACUGAAAAUAAUCUAUGAAUUGAAGUUAACUUAAAACAUCUCCUGCAGCCCUGGGACCCCCAUCACUGCCAGCCCUCGCCUGCUGCUCCACAUCCUGAUACCCCAGGGCAGGAGGACCAGGUCAUUAGCAGGGUAAUUAAUUACAAGGACAGUGCCUGAUGUCACCCCUCUGCUCUACAGCCAGUGCAACAGCAAAGACAGAAAUCCAGUGUGUUCCACUCUGAGACACUUGUGCCAGAAGCAAUACCGAAGGAGUGGUCAAGGAGAUAGAAUCUUUUUAAAAAGUGAAAGAAUUCUUUAAAAAGAGGAAGUUUAGGGAAGAUAAGAAACUGUUCCAGGCACACGAAACCAAACACACCCCUCCCUCACUGACACACGCUCAGAAGACACUGCAGAGACCAGAGCACAGCAAUCCACAGAGGAAAACAGAAGCAGAAGCCCACAGUGCAUCAUCUGGAACCGGGAGCUGUCACUGGCCAGGACAGAGCCAGAGGCAGGUCCCAGCGCCAGGCCUGGAUCCAGCUGCUCCUCCUGCCUCUGCCCGCCCGAGGGGCUCCCCAGGACCGCUGCUGCUGCUGGGCCAUGGUGAAGAGCUGCAGGGGCUGCCAGGGACCCCCUCGCUGAGCGCAGCCCCUGCCAGGAGCUCCAGCUCCUCCCGGGAGAAGAAAUAGCCACAAUGCAAAUGAAAGGCACAACCCAAUUCAGCUCCUUCAGGAAUGACAGCAACUGCACCAGUGACAGCAGGAUCAGCCAAGUCAUCUUCCCCUUGCUCUACACAUUUCUCUUCCUGGUGGGGACCACCAUGAAUGGCCUGGCAAUGUGGGUCUUCUUCAAAAUAUCCAGUAAAUCCAAUUUCAUUAUCUUCCUCAAGAACACUGUGAUUUCUGACUUCCUCAUGAUCCUGACUUUUCCGUUUAAAAUCCUCAGUGAUGCAAAGCUGGUGUCCUGGGUGUUGCGAGGGUUUGUGUGCCAGGUCACCCAGGUAGUGUUUUACUUCACCAUGUACAUCAGCAUCCUCUUUCUUGGUCUGAUAACUAUUGAUCGCUAUCAGAAGGCCACUUCCCCAUUCAGAACAUCCACUCCACGCAGCCUGUUAGCUGCCAAGAUCCUGUCCACAGCAAUCUGGGUAUCAAUGUUUGCUCUCUCGCUACCCAACAUGAUCUUAAAUAAUAAGAAGAAAACACCCAAGAACGUGAGGAAGUGUGCCCUCCUGAAAUCAGAGUUUGGCUUAGUCUGGCAUGAAAUUGUAAACUACAUUUGUCAGCUCAUCUUCUGGGUGAACCUAGCAGUCAUAGUGGUAUGUUACAUCCUCAUCAGCAAGGAACUGUACAAAUCCUACAAAAGGACACGAAGCACAGGGAAGGCAUCUAAAAAGACUGUCAAUUUCAAGGUUUUCAUAAUAAUUGCUGUGUUCUUUAUUUGUUUUGUGCCAUUCCACUUUACCAGAAUCCCCUACACCCUGAGCCAAACGAGAGAUGUGUUUGACUGCUCUGCUCGGAACACCCUGUUCUACCUGAAGGAGACCACGCUGUGGCUGACGUCCCUCAACGCCUGCCUGGAUCCAUUCAUAUACUUUUUCCUUUGCAAAUCAUUCAGGAAAUCCUUGCUGGACAUGCUGUGCAAGCACAGGGCAGGGGCAGGGCUCGGGGCACAGACGAAGGGGCAGAACGGGGGGGAUGACACUGACGAGACGCCGCUCUAGAUCUCGGGGCUCCUUCCUGGCCACACACCUCGCCGAGGCUGGCAGGAGCACUGACCCAUGAGGAGCAUCCAGAACUCCACCCAUUUCUUUAGAAAUAACCCUGCAGAUGAAGCACGAGCCCCCUGGAGCCACCACCACUGCCUGCAAAAACAGAGAGCUAAAUACCAGAGGAGUCCCUCUGUCCCCAACCUCCACGCCUGUCAGGACUGCUGGGAACAAGUCUGAACUCAAAGGUGGAACUGUGAGGAAAAGCUUAAAACAGAACCAUGAAAUGCUACAGGUGAUACCAUGAACUGUAAAGAUUUUGCAAAAAUAGCUAAACUUGGGCCAGAGUAAAGUUCACGACAACACCUGAGAAAUGCAGACAAAAUCCACAGUAGAUGUGAUUUUUCACUACGGGGAGUUGUCACCUUGUAUGCAACUGGCAGACAAACAGAAACCUAGAGACAGCCAUUUGGGCAGAUUUUGGUAACAGAAUAACAUUUUGCUUAUCUCAUUCUAUGCUUGCAGUUCCUAAUCCAUUGACCAAUAAUUAAUAGUUGUAUUUCAGAGGAAAUUAUUUAAUAAUCAGGCUUAUCUUGAUAUUACUAAAUCCCCAAAUCCUUACCCUUACUAUAUAAAUAAACAAAACUGUAUGUUUUCACAGAGAACUUUAUAUUAGAAAACAUACAAACACUCAAUUUACAUCAUACUGAGAUCGUGGGGAAAGACAGGCUCACGGUAACUUCGUUACUGAUAAUUAAGGGCAGCUUUUUCCACUAUACAAAAUACUGAAGCACUUCCCUUUUUGCACUUGGAAAACUUGAAAAAACCAGGGAAGUAUUUUCAAGUACAUGACAUUUUGAGGUAUCACAGCAAUUGUACAUGAAAUAGAUUGUGGGCUAUUGGAAUAA